GUUUGUCUCUGUCUGCAACAACUCCACCACCACCACCAACCGGAGGCGCCUCCGCCUCCACGGCCACUAUAAGAGCGCGGCGGCGGCGGCGGCGGGGGCGGGGGGCCAUGGCGGGGAAGAAGGAGGAGGAGGAGGCUGUUGUGUACAGGGGCGACAAGCUGAUCCUGCGGGGGCUGCGGUUCCAUGGCACCCACGGGGUGAAGCCAGAGGAGAAGAAGCUGGGCCAGAAGUUCGUCAUCGACGUCGACGCCUGGAUGGAUCUCGCCGCCGCCGGGGACUCCGACGACAUCUCCGACACCGUCAGCUACACCGAAAUCUACAGGAUAGCCAAGAAUGUAGUCGAAGGCCCGUCGCACAAUCUGUUGGAAUCGGUGGCUCAGUCGAUUGCAAACUCAACCCUGCUCAAGUUCCCUCAGAUUUCUGCAGUUCGAGUGAAGGUUGAGAAACCUCAUGUUGCUGUUCAGGGAGUCCUCGACUAUUUGGGCGUGGAGAUAUUCAGGCAGAGAAAAGCAUGAACAACACCUAUACUUGUUCAGAACCUCAUUCGAACAGAUACGUACUUAGUGUACUUGUCUUAUCUUUAUUGCUCGUUAUCAUACCAAUAUUAUUCACUCAGUAUCCAUGUCAAGAACUAGAAAAUUCCCUGUUUAAUUUGCACGAAGAGGAAUAUAUAUGUAACGUAGAUUGUUGUGGUACUAUUAAUUAAUACUCCCUCCGUUUCAAAA